AUGUGUCAGCGACAGUGGGUUAGAUUUUACUGUGGCGAUUUACGCUAUGCUGAAAUGCGCUGCGACAAAAACCCAGCCGGUCGGGUAUUCGAGAGUUGUGUCACUCGCCAGACUUCGGAACGUUCAAGGGACGCAAGAGGUCCGAUGGGUCAUUGGGAUCCAGGUCUGUAUAACUGUCCAGGAAGGUGCAUCGAUUGGGGAAGAAUCUCCGGUAAGACGUUUGGCAACGUGAACUUCAUGAAGGACGCGAUAUUCGAUAAAUUCACUUGGUUGCCCUGCAGUAAGGAAUGGAAUGACGGAAAUGUCGACCAUCUCAGCAAGGUCUUUCCCAAUCUCUAUCCUGAUACGGCUUUGAGAAAAAGCAAGAUUAAAAUUCAUGAGCGUCCUCAAAAGAAACAGAAAGUGAAGUCUGAAGAUAUUAUCGCCAAGACUAUCGACAUUAUCGACUGCGAUUAUUCGUCCAGACCUCAGACAUCUAUAGGUCCUUUUUCUUUUGAUGAUACAAAGGCAGCGAGCAGGAAAGUACAAUCGCAUGUAGUGAAGGAAGCCCAUGGGAAUUGGCGAUGA